AUGUCUCUCUGGUCGUCAUUAUAUCCUGCAAUCUCUUCCGAUCCACGAUUCGAUGCAAUGCUUACCCAAGACGGCUCAACACCCCUUGAUUUGUUCAAAUUUUACGUAGAAGACCUGAAGGAGCAAUACGGGCAAGAUCGGCGCGUGAUCAAAGAUAUACUAAAUGAUCAGAAGAAGGUAGUUCAGGUGGACACAACUUAUGAGGAGUUUUCAAAGUGGGUUACUUCCGCAGAGAAGGGACUUCUUGUAGAUCAUGGUAAUAUGAAGCUGUGUUACAACUCACUUGUUGAAAAGGCGGAAUCAAAAGAAAGGGAAGCGGAGCGAGAGGAAGCAAGAAAGAAGCGACGUCAAGAAAGCGAGUUUCGUCAUCUUCUUCGUGCACAGCAACCGGUUGUUGAUGCGAACACCGAGUGGUCAGCAGUACGAGGAAAAAUUGAGAAGGAAAAAGCUUUUCUUAUUAUUGAAUCAGAGGAGCUUCGCAUAAAAUACUUUGAAGAAUACAAACGUUCUCUCAGUGAAGCUUGUACCCAUCAUCACUCGUUGUCCAAGAAAAAGAAGAAAGACAAAAAGAAGAAGGGCAAGAAGAGCGAUAAGGAAUCGGACAGUGAUAGUGAACCGAAAGAGAAGAAAAAACGAAAGAAGCACUCAAAAGAGGAAAGGGAUAGUGAUGAGGAGAAAGGGCGUUCACAUAAAUCUCGCAAGCGCAAGCGAUCGCGGUCACGCUCCAGUUCUCGAAGUGGAGACGAAAAGAAGCGAAAGGACGUUUCCGACUCUGAGUGA